AGUCUCCGCCCCACAAAAAUCCUGAACUUCAGAGGAACUAUACAAACACGGAAGGAGAAGAAACCUGUUUUAGGACAUGGUGGUCAACUUCGUCUGACUGGAAUCAUGAUUUUAACACUAAUAAUCACUAUAUUGUUCUGUUUCGGGUGUGUUUUUACAGAUGAAGUCCCUCCACCUCAGAAUCCGAGAAUAAAAUCAGAGAAUCUUGGUCUUGUUUUGGAAUGGGAUCCACCACAGACAACUACCGGGAAAGACUUUAGAUAUACAGCUGAGUACAGAUCAUGGAAUUUGUUUAAUGCUGUUUGUGUGAACGUGUCAUCACUGAGCUGCGAUUUCACCAAUGUUGUCACCCCUUUUGGAGCAUACACUCUUCGUAUACGGACAGAACUGAAUGGAAAAAGCUCUGUUUGGAUCGAAACUGAAUGCGAACCUUUGGAGAAAAUCACUGUUAUCGGGGCUCCAAAUGUGAGGCUGCAGAGCAGAAGAGGGAAAAUGGAGGUUGAAAUCACUGGACCUGCCCUAAGGAAAAGCAGCCUUAAGGAUGUUUAUAACAAAAUUUCAUAUCGCAUUCGUUAUUGGACCGAAGGAAAUAUGAAAAUGGAGGAGUUGGUGGACCAUAGCAGGAAGAUGCUUAUGAACCUUUUACCAGAAACACGCUACUGCAUGGAAGUGGAGAUCUUUUUGGAUCAUACAAAAAACAGCCUCCCGAGUAACAUAACCUGUGAAAUGAACACUGCCAGUGAUGAGGUGGAGUCAUGGCUGAUCGCAGUGGUGCUGUUGGUCAGUUUCCUGGUCACUAUGAUAACAGUCCUCCUGAUUUCCCUGGUUGUAUGGUUUGGUUACAGAGGAAUCAGAUUUCUGCACCCACAGGCCAAAUUACCUAAGCACUUUAUACAGUACCUGACCGAGCGUCCCAGUUCUGCCAUACUGCUGGCCAUGCAGAACAGCGCUCAGCCCAAGGAGCUUUACCAUGAGUUCAGCAUCAUCACUGCUCAGGAAGUUCCUCCUGAAUCCAAGCAGAAAGAAAGCUCAAAACCAACUCAGCUUAAUGCACAUAUGAAGACUGUUCACUAUGAACAAGAAGACAAACAUGAAAGAUUGUAUUGUGAAAAUGCACUUCAGGAUUAGAGUCAGUCAGCAGAUGCAGUGAAGGAGCUUCUUCUGCAAUAACGUUUCUUAAGGUAUAUUCACUUUUAUAUUCAGAAGAACUUUUUCUAAUUGAAAACUUUUCAUAUCCAUUGUUAGCAUGCAGAGGAUCAAAACAAAACUGUUUACAAAGUUUUAUGCAUCCUUUAAAAAAAAUUCAAUUGGCCAGGGUUUUUAAGUUUGGCAAAAAUUAAUACUUCUCUUAUUCAGUAUUUACAUGAGCUGUAAAUAUCCAUUUAUAUAAUCUCCACAUCCAGGGACACUUUUUUUGCCAGGAAAAGUUUCUAAGUUUGGUUUUGUCUGCAUUGCACUGUCUGAUGAAAGUGGAGAAUUUGGAAAAGUGAGUAUAAUGUUUAGAGGAGUUCAUUUUUCAUAUUGCACUUUAUAAGAAAUGUACAUUUUUAUUUUAUUUUAAUACACUUCAAGACUACAUACAGUAUUGCUGAUCUGUUGCUGGGUCAAUUUAAAGCUAAUAUGCACUUAUCAGUUAUAAUAUUAUAGACAAUUUUGCAUAUAUAAUAUGAUUUUUAUGUAUGAUUGUUUGUUUUUCCAACAGUUUGAAUAAUUAGCAUGUACUUCUAUUAGUAUAUUCAUGUUUCCUCUGUUGUUGUUGUUGUUGUUGAGAUUUUAUGUGUAGUGCUGAAUGAUCAGCUAAGAUUUUAGGAUACUGACUUAUAGGUUUUACCAGUGCAGAGUCUUUUAGCAACCCUCACCUGCUCAGCUAUAAAAAAUGCUAGUAAGUUUGGAUAAGAGUGUUUGCUAAACUGUUUGCUAAAUCCUGUUUAAUUGUGACAUUACUACUGCUUUGUUAAUGGAGUGUUGAUUAUUAAUGAGCUUGGCCUGUUGUAGAAUUGCAGGUCGACUUGCCUACACUUUGUUUUAUCAUGAAGCUCUUUGUAAAAUAAAGUGUGCAAAAUAAAUAAAUGAUUUUAAAGAAAUAAGAAA